AUGAAUUACGUCUUUUCCUACAUGGAGAAGGAGCAGACCUCAGAUUCCCAAUCGCCAUUGCAACCUCCUAUCACCAUUUUACGUCAGUGGAAAGCGGCGUUAGACGCCUCAGACUUCCCGACCGAGUCCCCAAUCAUACGAGAAUGCACACGCAAAUUGCUAGAGCUGUACUUCCAUACCUGCUCUAUUAUUGCUGAAACAUAUUACUCGCAAUCUGAGAGUAUUUUCGAUCAUUAUACCGACCAGUUCCGAACCAUUGUCAACCUCGCCGAGGGCGUCACCGAGAUGUGGAAGAGAGAAUCGCAGGCAUUCAGCCUGCUUUUCAGCUUCGAUCUUGGAAUCACACCUCCAAUGUUCCUCGCCGCUUCUCGCUGUCGCCAUCCCUUCAUCCGCAGGAAGGCUGUUUCCUUGAUGCUCCAGUCUCCAUUCUACCAUGGUGCUUGGCAGGACCGAUAUUCGGGACUGUGUGCGCAGCGAAUGAUCGAGAUCGAGGAGCAAAAUGUCGGAAUCAUUGUAGAUCACAUCAACGUACCCGAGGACCAACGGAUACGAAAGGUCUCCGCGGACCUACAAGAGGAAGGAUCUCAAAUUAUGAUGCAAUUCACUCGAUGGCCGUUCGCGCCAGAUUCUCCGGUAUGCACCACUUUUGUGCCGUUGAUAUCCUGA